AUUUAUGUACCUACCAUUUCUUCAUUAACAGAAAGAAUUCAUAUCUACGCAACGUUGGCGUUUAUCGUGGUAAUCAUCGUGAUCGGUGUGCCCAUGUGGUGGAAAACCACCGAAGUGUACCGAGUGUCGUUACCUUAUGCCGAGAUUGAAUCUCUCGAUGACGAUCCCAUCAAAGCUACCAUUCGGAUGGGACUCUUCGUCAAGGACCGGGAAAGACGGGAUGUGUUGCUGUUUGAACUUCGCAAGAAGUUUGAGAAUAAUUUUGUUUUCAAUCUUCAGUUGGAAGAAUUUGCAUUGGAUGCUAGUAUUGCCAAGCUGGCGAAAACGCCUGCUGCUCUAGAAGCUGCCAUCUUGAAACAUCAUCCUUUGAGGUUAGGUGAUUUUGUUCUCAUAGAGUGGAGCAAACUGGAAGAAGAUAUUUUGGUAACCGGUGAUCGAACUGCUUUCAUUUCCGAAAGUGCAACGUCGCUAAAAAUUUAUCAGGUUCUUUCAUCAUGGGUUCUUCAGGAGUACAAAUUGAAAGCUAUUCUAGGGUCAAAAGAUAUGCAAACCAGUCGAGGUCGGCAACUGCGCUUGAACACAGCCCCAAUGCAACAACAUUACGAGGUGUUGGUUUCUGUGAUCAAUCCCCGACCCGAUCGUCAGAAAGUUCACUGGAAUAUCCGGGCCGCAGCCGAAAAUUACAUCGUUCCUUUUCUAGACGAACUGUCAAUGAUAUCCAACUUCACAGUCAAAACGCAGUGGGUGUAUCAGGUGGAAAUACACAACCACCCUAAUAAGCAGGUUCAAGAUGAUAGCAAAUCUGGCCGUCACUACGCCAUCCAAGAGGACGCCCUUCCACAUAUCAUCACAUCGUUUGAGAAGAAAUUGGGCAAUCAAAUGUCCAACGAUCCCGGAAUCCACCUGGUGGUUUAUGUGCCAUCCUGCGAAACGGCACCGCUCAGAAUCUACCGUAAGGAUGGAACCAGAGCAUCCGUGGACAACGUCGAAGCUUUCACUUCCGCCAAGUGGGGUGGAAUUGUAUUUGCCAACCCAACCGAAGACGCGGCAGUGAAAUGUCUAGAGGACCGUGAAACUCGGGAAAAUUUCGUGAGUUCACAGGAUGUGAUGACAGUUUUACUGCAUCAGCUGAGAAAAAUUUUCGAUUUGGAGAACAAUAUUCCGUUACUCGACUCUACCUUGGCGCCGUUAAAUUCCAUCGAACCCAGAAUGUGGGAAAUCGACACAUUUAUCCGUUCGAAUACGAUUUACCGUAUCCACUCGGCUACGCUGACUCUGCAAUCACUAAUUCAAUUGCUAGGAGGUAUCGAAUAUAUUGUCAUCAAUGAUGAGGUAGGUGACGCCAUAAAGGAUGCUUACGAACGGAUUGUUCUCGCCAAGAAGCAUCUGUUUGAAAACCGUUUGGCGGAAGCCGCUGCUGAAGCAAAGCUAGCUUACAUUUCGGCAGAACGAGCCUUUUUUGAUCCGAGUAUGUUGGCAUUAUUGUAUUUCCCGAGCGAGCAGAAGUACGCCAUCUACAUUCCUCUCUUCCUACCGAUAAUGAUCCCGGUAAUUUUCUCAUUUAACACCAUUACGAAAUAUUUGAGGAAACGUUUCGGAAAGUCAGAAAAGAACAAAGCCGAGUAAACCAAAGAAAUCAGUAUUAUUUAUAAUUUUUUACAACUAUAAUAAUAGUGAAUGCGAAACAUGUAAAUGUGUGAUGGAACUUCCUAAUUCGAACAAGUUUUUAUUAACAACAGAACAAAACUAGCAUUAUCCA